GUUUACGGUGACUGUCUGCUGUCUGCUGUCUCUCUCUCUCACUCCUUGUUUUGUUGUUGUCCCUUACUGUGGCCAUAAAAAAUAUAAUAAGCCAUAUUUAUCCAUUGCGAGGCUGGAUAAUAUUUCUUGGUGACUUUCGGCGUCGACUUUAGGAAAUUUUUGAAAUUUUUGACCAAUGAGCACAAUUAUGAAGACAGAUCCCGAGCCCCCACGUAAAAGAAAGCCCCCGAAGAAGGUAUCAAAACGCCGGCGUAUUGGCCGUCAGUUAAAAAGGAGGCGGAAAAACCAUGACAAUCACAGCGGAAAUCGCCCUCAAAAGCAGAAAAAGCAGAAGCUGAUUUCAGAAACUGUCACUACCCCUGAGGUUCCAACUUCCGAUCUAUCUUCGGUUCUUUGUGAUCAUGAUUACGUAAGUGAAAUCCCGAAGAGCUCUGCAACUGUGGAGACAGCACCGGAGGGCUACCGAACUAGGAUCAAAUCAGAGACACUGAAGGUUACAAGACCAGAAGAAAGUACAGACACUAAACUUCAGACAUUAUUUUUGAAAGUAAAAAGAAAACUUGAGUCAGUUCUUCCCAAAUAUUGGAUGACCAUGGUGGACAAAACAGAGCUCCACGUCAUGAAAGUAUGUCUUGAAAAAUGUGCUGUUAUUCAACGAAGUUUAAUUGUUUCUGAAAGUGGAGUGGUAGAUUUGUAUGUGUACAAUCAAAGUUUUAAGGCUGUCCCGUAUGGAAAAUAUUUAGGUUGCCCUGUGCCAUUAAGUCUUAAGUCAAUCAAUUUGUUUGUAAACAGAAUUGUUGCUAUUGUUCGUAAUGUAGACAAAAUGGAGGUUCUUGGGGAGUUCAAUAAUGCACAGUUGUCUGUAUUCCACUUCUGUCUGGGGUAACUGCAAAUUUGGAGCAGAAGGUUGACCCAUCAUCAAUGAUCAUGAAUCAAGACUUCCAUCAACAGUAAUGCUUACAGUGCCCCAGAGCGCCUCAGGGCGGCACCACUGUCGCAGCCACUGUGAGUGUAUGGGGCACCUCCCGGUGGGUUGAGGGAAAGCUAAACCAAUGUUCUAGGUAGUCUGUGCAAGUACCAUUUUUAAUACCACAACACAUGUUACAAAUUUAAGUUCAAUGUGCUAAGGUAUAUGAAAUGAAACAAGGCUGUACAUAAAAACAUAAAAUGUCAAAGGACCCUAUUUUAUUUCAUGAAAUACAAAAACACAUUCCUUA